AUGGGUCUACUUACCCUCGUCGAAGACAGGCCUACGCCUAAGGCUGUCUACAACUGGAGAGUCUAUGCCUGCGCUGCGAUUGCCUCUUUCGCAUCAUGCAUGAUUGGAUAUGACUCUGCUUUCAUUGGGACCACGCUGGCUCUGCCGUCCUUCACAAAAGAAUUCAAGUUUGCCGCCAUGGCCCCGGAACACCUGCUUCUUGUUAAAGCAAACAUUGUCUCUGUGUAUCAGGCUGGUGCUUUCUUCGGUGCCAUCUUCGCUUAUGCUUCGGCGUUCUACCUUGGCCGUAAGAGAAGCUUAUGGGUGUACGCCACGAUAUUUAUCCUCGGAGCUGGUCUCAUGUUAGGCGCUAAUGGGCAGCGCGGCCUUGGAUUGAUCUAUGCUGGUCGUGUCUUGGCUGGUUUUGGAGUCGGCGGAGCAAGCAUGGUUGUGCCCAUCUACAUCUCAGAGCUGUCACCGCCCGCCGUAAGAGGGAGGCUGGUCGGUCUCUACGAGCUUGGAUGGCAGAUUGGUGGCCUGGUCGGCUUCUGGAUCAAUUGUGAGCAUAAUUCUUACUGGGGAUAUGUGUGA